AUGCCCGACCCUGCAGCCGCCUAUGAUACUGUGACCUGUCAUUUAGGAAAAGGAGAGCAUGUAACCAGUGUUAUGCAUCGGAGUAAGCCACCUGAAGAUGAUGAUAAUGAUGACGAUGACGUUGAAAACUGCACCUCUGAAUCUGAUUAUGACUCACAUUCACUACAGCCUAGUUUUGAAUCUGCACUAGAUAUGCCAACUAGCACUCAUUGGGAUGAGCUGCCAUCUCAUCAUUCCAUAAAGCAAAGAGCUGCUGAAGAAGCUUGGAAAGGAGUAAGGCAUGCUUUGAGAUGUGCUGUAGUGCAGAGUAAUUGUAUGCCACCUCAUCAAAUGUGUGUUCUUUGCCAGCAACAAGAAGCCUCAUUUCGUUGUAAUGACUGCAGUGCUUUUGCAUACUACUGUUCUUCAUGCCUUCAAAAUGUUCAUGAUACUACAUGUGUACUACAUACUCCUGAAGAGUGGAAGGAUGGUACAUUUUCCCCCGUUAAUUGUGUGACAUCACUAGAUAUAC